AUGGACCAGGCGCAAUACGAUGCGAUCAAGGACAACUGGGGCGAGGUGGAAGACAGAGACGGCGUCAGGCUCAGCUGGAAUGUCUUCCCUUCCACGCGCAUGGAAGCAAACAGACUAGUUGUCCCUGUGAGCGUCCUGUUAACACCUCUGAAAGAGCUUGGCAAACCACCUCUGCUUUACGAGCCUGUCACUUGCAAAGCACCUUGUCGAGCUGUCCUGAACCCCUUCGCCAACGUCGAUGUUCGCGCCAAAAUAUGGAUCUGCCCUUUCUGCUUACAGCGCAACCAGCUACCCCGUCAUUAUGGAGAUAUAAGUGCCGAAAACAUACCUCCAGAAAUGCACCCUGGGAAUACAACAGUUGAAUACAGACUCGCGCGCCCUGCGCCUGCUCCACCCAUUUUUGUGUACGUGGUUGAUACUGCAAUCGAGGAGGAUGGCUUGCAGGCGCUGAAGGAGACGUUGGUCAUGAGUCUAUCGUUGCUCCCUGCCAAUGCUCUCGUCGGUCUGGUCACAUUCGGGACAAACGUGGCCGUGCACGAAAUCGGCUACACCGAAUGCCAAAAGUCAUAUGUCUUCAGAGGAAGCAAAGAUUACGCUGCAAAACAAGUCCAGGAAAUGCUUGGACUGGCUGCCCCAGGACUGAGACCCAAUAUGCCGCCUGUACAAGGACGUCCGCCACCACCCAUGGGUCCCGCUGCUCGGUUCCUUCUCCCCGUCCAGCAGGCGGAAUUCCAAAUCACCAACGCCAUUGAACAGCUGCAAAAAGACCCUUGGCCGGUAGCAAACGAUCGACGGCCGCUUCGUUGCACUGGUGUCGCCAUGAGCAUUGCAGUCAGCUUACUUGAGACUUCGUUCCAGAACGCCGGAGCCAGAAUUAUGCUCUUUGCUGGUGGUCCCGCGACCGAAGGACCGGGCAUGGUGGUCGCUCCCGAACUCCGUGAACCUAUCCGGUCGCACCACGACAUCGACCGAGAUAACGUAAAGUACUUCAAGAAGGCAAUCAAGUACUACGAGACGCUCGCAAAACGGACUGCGCACAACGGCCACAUCAUCGAUCUGUAUGUCGGCUGCCUCGAUCAAGUCGGCCUGCUCGAAAUGAAAGGAUUGGCCAACUCUACUGGUGGCCAUAUGGUCUUGACCGACAGUUUCACUUCCUCGCAGUUCAAGCAGUCCUUCGUCCGUGUAUUUGACAAGGAUGAACAGGACCAACUCUACAUGGGAUUCAAUGCCUCACUCGAAGUCGUAACCACGAAGGAGCUCAAGGUUACUGGGCUGAUAGGUCAUGCGGUCUCCCAGAACAAAAAGUCCAGCUCUGUGGGCGAGACGGAAUGUGGUAUUGGAAACACCUGCCUCUGGAAAAUGUGCGGCAUCGACCCUACAUCCAGUUACGGUCUCUAUUUUGAGAUUGCCAAUCAAGGCGGUCCGACGCCAAUGCAGCAAGGUCCUCAACGGGGCAUGAUGCAGUUCUUGACCUAUUACCAGCACUCUUCGGGGCAGUAUCAUCUUCGUGUGACCACUGUUGCUCGCAAUCUGAGCGGGCCCACAGGCGACCAAGCUCUGGCACAGUCGUUUGACCAGGAAGCUGCGGCAGUGCUCAUGGCAAGAAUUGCAGUCUUCAAAGCGGAGGUCGAUGACGGACCGGACGUGCUCAGAUGGGUUGAUCGAAUGCUCAUUCGACUGUGCUCCAGAUUUGCGGACUACCGAAAAGACGAUCCGACAUCCUUCCGACUCGACAAGAAUUUUACCCUAUACCCUCAAUUCAUGUUCCAUCUGCGGAGAUCGCAAUUCCUUCAGGUUUUCAACAACUCACCUGACGAGACUGCAUUUUAUCGACAUGUACUGAAUCACGAGUAUGUGGGCGAUUCGCUGAUCAUGAUCCAACCUACACUCGACUCUUACGGCCUCGACCAAGAAGGUGGUCAACCUGUGCUCCUCGACUCCGCCUCCAUCCAGCCGCAGACCAUCCUUCUCCUUGACACUUUCUUCCAGAUUCUCAUUUUCCACGGUGAGACUAUGGCUGAAUGGCGUAAAGCUGGCUAUCAGGACCAAGAGGGUUAUGAGAAUUUCCGCGCUGUCCUCGACGCUCCGAAAGAAGAUGCUAGAGAAUUGGUGCAAGACCGUUUCCCUCUGCCGCGAUUUAUCAUUUGUGACGCUGGAGGCUCCCAGGCCCGUUUCCUGCUAUCGAAGCUGAAUCCAUCGACCACUCAUGCAACGGGUGGAUAUGGAGGUGUCGCUCAAACUGCCCAGACGAUCUUCACGGACGAUGUGUCGCUGCAGACUUUCAUGGACCAUCUCAUGAAGUAA